AUGGGCUUUUCAUCUAUUAUUGCCCGGCUUCUACUUGGGACAGUGGCAAUCUUAUCCUUCGUGGGAGCUAUUAACGAGCAGGAUUUUGCACCUGAUGAUAUCGUCAUCCGGGAUAUAUGUAUCCUUGGCGGUGGGUCCACAGGCACAUAUGCAGCAAUCAGCUUGAAGGACAAAGCGAAAAGCGUGGUAGUCGUUGAGCGGCAUAAGAUCCUAGGAGGUCACACUGAAACGCUCUACCUUGGCAACAACCAGUACAUCGACUACGGCGUAGAAGGAGUCUUCAACGACGAGCUAAGUCGAAAGUACCUUAAGCGUCUGGCAGUGGACUAUAAACCUCUUCUGCCAAGCGCCCAGACCACUGAAUAUGUCAACUUCAGAACUGGGAAGAAAGUGCCUCCUCCGUCUGGGAUCCCUUCUGUCGUUGAGGCUGCAAAAGUAUACCGCGCGGCUAUCGAAAAAUUCAGCUAUCUAAAGGAUGGGCUUUAUAACCUGCCUGACCCCGUUCCCGACGAGCUUCUGCAGCCUUUUGGCGACUUUGUGAAGAAAGCCGGUAUUGAGGGCUCUCUCCAAGUCGUCAAAAUAUUUGCCCAUGGUGCCGGAAACAUCCUCCAAGCUCCACUACUUCGUGUCCUCCAGCUCUGCGGUCUCCCGCAGGUUGACUCACUCCUUCAGGGUGGAUACAUUACGCCCAAGAAUGGCAUGUACGAAGUCUACAACAGGGCCUCAGAAAUCCUCGGGUCCGAUAUCUUUUACGAGACUAGUGUGAUCGAAACUGAACGAUCAGAGUCUGGUAUCAACAUCUUCGUACAAAGUGCCAACGGCAUCCGCAAACUUAUCAAGGCUAAACAGCUUCUCGUCACUUUUGUCCCGAUUAUAGAAUCCUUAAACGGAUUCGACCUUGUCAGGCCCGAAUCUUCCCUCUUCCAGAAAUGGAACUGGGUCAACUACUACGUUGCCGUCGUAAAGAUCACAGGAAUGCCAAAUGCCACGACGCUCGUCAACGCUGACCCCGACAAUACCCCAGGCAAUCUCCCACUGCCGCCAUUCCAGUUGGAAUUGCAAUACCCCGGUGUCGACGGAUACCUGGUUAGCAAAAUCAUUGGCAACAGCACUUUCACCGCGCAGCAAGCGAAGGAUCUUAUACUUUCUGACCUUCGUCGCAUGGGAACAGAAGGGACUUUUCCAGGUGGUGAUCCCGAGAUUGUGGUGUUUGGUGACCAUACGCCAACCACAGUGUCGGUUUCCAAUAUUGAUGUUCGGGAUGGUUUUUAUAGAAAGCUGUCUGCGCUUCAAGGAACCAAGAAUACGUUCUAUACUGGGUUGGCCUUUUGUUCGGAUUAUUCGUCUUUGUUGUGGGCGUAUACGGAGACUGUUAUUGGGGAGAUGGUGGCUUCGUCGGCAAGUACUUGUUCACUCUGUGUCCAAGGGUAUGAUUGA